AUGGUUACCGGAUGGCGAAGAGCCUUCUGCACUUCCAUCCCCAAAGACCAUGAAUCCUCCAACAACAAUAAUAAUGACAUUAACAAUACUCGAAGCCCCAAGAUGGGAUUCUCUAAGUUUACAUUUUUCUCAUCUUCUUCUUCUCCGUCAACUCCUCGCCCACAAACACCUAAAACACCCACUACUCUCCGGUGUAAAACCGUGUUCGAGGAAACCUCUCCGAAGCUUCAUUGCAAAACUACCACCACUCCUCCUCCUUCUUCCCCUCAUUCUCCUUCUACUUUCUCUUUGCUCCUUAAAAACUCCCUCCGACUUUCCAAGAUGAGUCGAUGCGGUGUUUGUCUUCAUAAUGUUAAAGGCGGACAAGGGACGGCUAUCUUCACGGCGGAAUGCUCGCAUUCAUUCCAUUUCCCAUGUAUUACUGCUUUGGCGAUGAAGAAUGGGAGCUCUGAUCCUAGUGCUUUACUGUCUUGUCCUCUUUGCGGAUCUCAAUGGAAGGAAGGUCCGUUUCUAGGAAUGCCCCAGAAAAAACAACCCGUUAAAAAAUCCAUCCCGAGUGAACUCCGACUCUACGACGACGACGAGCCACUCGUAACACAUGUUUCCUCAAUCCAAUUCAACCCGAUACCCGAAUCGGAGGAAGAAAAUGAAGAUUACAAUAAUACAGAUGAUGAGUUCCCGGGUUUUUUCUCCAACCCGGCAACUCCUCGGCCUCAAAUUGCUGAUAACAGUAGUAAAGGAGUAAAGGUGACAAUCUCCUCCGAAUCGGCAGUGAUCGCCGUGGGACGGAGUUACGAGACUUACGCGGUGCUACUCACCGUGAAAGCUCCUCCGUUCCAGGCGAGAAUACGCCGUCCUUCGGUCGAUGUAGUGGUGGUCAUUGACAUCGGCUGUGAAAUGAAUGCCGGAAAAUUACACGCUCUAAAAAGAGGAGUGAGAGCAAUGAUUUCUUCCCUGUCCUCUAAUGACCGCCUCUCAAUGGUGGUAUUUUCAUCUACUUCAAAGCGGCUGCUUCCGCUUAGAAGGAUGACUCCUUCGGGGAGGCGGUCAGCUAGGCGUAUUAUCGACGCCAUUAACUUGGCCGCUGAAGGAGCGUGUCUUAACGACGCGCUACGAAAAGCGGCCAAGGUAAUACAAGAUCGGAAGGAAAAGAAUCAUUUCGCGGCCAUCGUAUUAAUGGAUGGCCACGAUGAGGAGAAGGAAAACCGCCCGAUUAUAUCAUCGACCCGGUUUUCUGAAAUUCCGGUUCACACUUUCAAAGUAAGGGAGGAUUUUCCAGAGGAGAAGUUUGUUAAGGCUUUGAGUUUAUUCCUAAGCGUCGUCGUUUUGGAUGUUCGGGUUCAGUUCGGUUUAGGAUCUGGUUCAGCUGCGGCUGAAAUAGUAGCGGUUUAUUCGUGUACGGGCCGACCCGGUUUGCUUAGCCCGGGUUCAGCGAAACUUGGGGAUCUGUAUAGCUCAGAGGAGAGAGAAAUUCUUGUUGAAUUAAAAGUGCCGGCGAGUACAAUUGGAUCCCACCACAUGCUGUCCGUUCGAUCGUAUCACAAAGAUCCGUCGUCUUGCAAACAGGUAAUUUACGGUGGAGACCAGUCCUUGAUCGUGCCACGUCCCCACACCAUCCGAUCAUCUGACCCGAAGAUUCAAAGGUUGAGAUGUCUUUUUGUUAUGACAAGGGCAGUUGCGGAAAGUAGGAGAUUAUUAGCCGAGAGAAAUGAUUUUGUUGGAGCCGAACGGCUUCUAGCAUCGGCUCGUGCUGUUUUGAGUCAGCCGAGCUUGAAAACGUCAUCAGCUGAGGAGUAUAGGAGGAGGGUGGAAGCCGAGCUAGCCGAAGUCAAGUGGAGACGACAAGCCCAACCGGAUGAGAAGCGACGUAGAGAGAAAGAUGGAAGCGGUCGUGGUAGUGGUGGAGGAUGUUGUGUAGUGGAUGAAAAAGGGGAGCCGCUUACGCCAACGUCGGCUUGGAAAGCAGCUGAGCGGCUGGCUAAGGUGGCUAUGAUGAGGAAGAAUUUGAACCGGGUUAGCGACUUGCACGGCUUCGAAGACGCUCGCUUCUGA